AACUAGUAAUGUAACUAAGUUACUAAUUUAAAGUAACUUACCCAACACUGGUUAUAACUAACCCCACAUAGUGUACAAUACUAAUGACAUUAAAGGUGCUUUUCAGUAUUCAGAUUUAGAAUAUAUUGGUUUCUAGAAAGAGAGCAACAAAUAAAGCCAUACACAAUAAUCCAUAAACAUAUAUAAGUAGAGCUUUGUUGCAUUCAUUGCAUUUAACUGGACUCUUGCAGGAAAUUAAUCUACCUGCAUUUGUGAUAUUAUUUAGCAAAAUUUAUUAGGAUUGUUCUGAUUUGCCAUUGAACUGCUUUUUUUGCACGCAGACUUGGCAGCCUUGUAUAUCAUCUCUCUUAAAACAGGUUUAUGUUGAUGAAAGCCUUAAAGACAAACAUCUCCCACUAUAUUCAAUGCUAAGCAUGUCUGCUGUCACCAGCAAGCAAAGAAAAUGUAAACAUACUAAACUGCUGUUCUUGAAUUAGCUGAGUCGGCUGUUUGUUUGUUUUUUUAACAUUUAUUUUUCUCAGUGUAACUAUUGCUACCAGUAAUGGCAGCCAUUUUGCUGCUGUUUUAUUAUCUACCUCAUUUCAUUAAGUGGGAGAUGCUGCUGCAUUGUAGAAAUGUACUGUUAGCCGUUGUCCUCAGGUUACAUAUCAAAUAUAUAUCGAUAUACAUCAAUAUAAACAUGUAUCAAAUAUCAAACACUGCACUGUAAGGCCCAGUAGUGAUUGUGUAUCUAUAGGUACGCUAGCAGGAUGUUGUUAGCACAACAUCUACAAUCAUCUGUGUUUAUGGCUAAAUUUGAUACUUUGUUUAAGCUAAAAUAGCUAGCUAAUCAAACUGCUAGCAGGAUAAUGUUAGCACGUCUACAAUCAUCUGUGUUUAUGGCUAAAUUUGAUACUUUUACUUAGUUAAGCUAAACUAGCAAGCUAAUCAGACUGCUAGCAAGAUAAUGUUAGCACGAGUACAAUCAUCUAUGUUUAUUGCUCACUUUAAUAAUUUUUUUUAAACUAAUGGGUCAGUUAGUUGGUAUAGGUUUCCUCUACAGGCUAAUUUAGAUUUUUUAUAAUUUUUAUGACUCCCCGCCCAACAAAGCAAAAAAGAAAAUCAGCAUUUUGGUAUACUCAUGAUUGUGUUUCUUAUGGCUUUAAUACACAACCUAGAACAUACUUGAGAAUAACAAAUCAAAUAUUUAUAUGCUAUUUUGGCCUGUAACAUAAAUAUGAAGGCUACAUUAAUCUAAUGCUUUCAGUGAAGCUAAUUAAAGGAUUGUGGUUCAAACAGGAAAAAGAGCUAAAGAUGGGGGAAAAAUGAUUAAUAUUGUUUAUACUUUCCCAGCGACUGCUUAAAGUAAAAUAUGCCCAUAACCUGAGGCUGUUAUACCAGAGCUGUUGACAGUGGUGAUUAAGUAGAGCUUUAAUGUGGGACAUUAACUGAAUUUAUUUACCAUGAAUCUCUGCUGUGAUUUGCAUAGUCAGUUGUGUUUUGACUCCCAGAUCAGAUGGCUGGAACUGGGUCAUCCAUGUGCAUGAGAAACAUGGUUACGUGUAUGUCUGUGUUGGUAUGCAUUCUCUGCCAGCUACAAUAAGCACUCCUGUGCUUUUCAUAAAUCAAGCUGCUGAGAAGAACUGAAUCUAAAAUGUAAUCAGAGUACUGCUGAAGUGUCCCCUUGUUGUUUUCAUGUCUCUGCUUACUAGAUCGGUGAAUGCAGAUGCCACAUCUGAUUCCUUUAAAAACAACAUCACUCUGUUCACACGCAUCCUGGACAGCCUGCUGGAUGGGUAUGACAACCGUCUACGGCCUGGUCUUGGGGACAGAGUAACUGAGGUGAAAACAAACAUCUAUGUUACCAGCUUUGGACCAGUUUCAGACACGGACAUGGAGUACACCAUAGAUGUUUUCUUCCGGCAAAGCUGGAAGGACGAGAGGUUGAAAUUCCAUGGACCAAUGAAUAUUUUGCCCCUGAACAACCUGAUGGCGAGUAAGAUUUGGACACCGGACACCUUCUUUCACAACGGGAAAAAGUCUGUGGCACAUAACAUGACCAUGCCUAAUAAACUGUUGAGGAUCAAGGAUGACGGGACUCUGCUGUACACCAUGAGGUUAACUGUGCAUGCAGAGUGCCCAAUGCAUCUGGAGGAUUUCCCCAUGGACUCUCAUUCCUGUCCACUAAAAUUUGGCAGCUAUGCCUACACAAUCUCAGAGGUGACUUAUGCUUGGACUCGCAAUGCUUCCGAGUCUGUUGUAGUGGAAGGGGAAAGCUCUCGGCUGAACCAGUACGACCUGCUUGGGCAAACGGUCGGACAAGAAACCAUCAAAUCGAGUACAGGUGAAUAUACAGUGAUGACGGCUGAAUUCCAUCUGAAGAGGAAGAUUGGCUACUUUGUUAUCCAGACUUACCUCCCAUGCAUCAUGACAGUCAUCCUUUCCCAAGUGUCUUUCUGGCUGAAUAGAGAAUCAGUGCCAGCUAGGACUGUGUUUGGUGUAACUACUGUUCUCACAAUGACAACUUUGAGUAUCAGCGCAAGGAACUCCCUGCCUAAGGUCGCCUACGCCACUGCCAUGGACUGGUUCAUCGCCGUGUGCUACGCCUUCGUCUUCUCCGCUUUGAUUGAAUUUGCUACUGUCAAUUACUUCACAAAGCGCGGCUGGGCUUGGGAUGGAAAAAGCGUGGUGACUGACAAGAAGAAAGAGAGAGCCUCCAUCGUCAAGAAGAAUAACGCCUACGCUGUAGCAGUAGCCAACUACGCGCCUAACGUGACCAAGGAUUCCAGUACUCUUCCCACCAUCGCCAAAGGCGGAGCGACGGACCCAAACAAGCCCAAAGCGGAUGGCAAGGCCCAAGAAAGCAAGAAGACCUUCAACAGUGUCAGCAAAAUUGACAGGUUGUCACGGAUUUUGUUUCCUGUUCUCUUCGGCAUCUUCAACCUCGUCUAUUGGGCAACCUACUUAAACAAAGAACCCGUUAUACCAAAUAUGGUCCCCUCUGUUUAAGAGACCAGUUUUGAUAGCUUCUUGUCUGGGGUCUAAGUAAUGAAUCAAAUACCUCCAGCAACUAUGUACACAAACCUUUGCAGAGUGAAGCCCUGGACUGCAGUGUGACCCUCUAUCUUCGCCUGUUUUCUACACUGUCUGCAGCACUUUUAAGAGCCCGGCUUUUUGUAAAUGUGUAUGUAUAUUUAUAUUUAUGGUUUCAUGGUGACAUAUAUUGUACGAUGACUCUAAUUAGAGUGCAUAUUUCUUUCAAAGUAUGUUUCCAGUUUCAGUACGUGGCUGCUGUACAUACAGAUCCAAUGAAGAGUAAACACAUAAUCACUAAGAAUCACGUUUGAUUUCGGAUCACUUCUCAGUGUGUUGAAUUCUGCUGUAAUGCCCACUUUCUUGAUAUAACAGUAUAUAUUUUUGUCUCGAGUGAAAGGGACUGACUAUCGUUUGAUUUCUUUCUUCAUAUAAGAGUCUUUCAACUCUUUUUCUUUAUUUCCAAGCCAGUGCAAAAACACACUUGUAUAGUACUGUUACAGUUUAAAGCUUGUUUUAUUAUCUUUGACUACAGGUAUGGGGCUUCAAUAAAAAAAGAAAGAAAGAAAAAAUCUCCAAAAUUAUCGAAACACUCCCAGAUCCUGAAAGGCUGUGAAAAGAAAAAGAUAUGAAAUGAGAAUGUGUGGUUCUGCCAGCUCGAUGUACCAUUUGGGAUUACAGGACAAUAUCGCCAAAGAAACAAACGAUACACUAUAAAAAAAAGGUUGUGCAUGUGUAAUAUUUGUGCAAAAAAUGGGAAAACUUCAGAACUAGCUAUACCCCAGAAAAAAUAAUUUAUGUACAACAACAGCAGAUAAACGGAUUAGUUUUAGAUCUCCAAAGGGGAACAGAAGAAUUCAAGAUUACCCAUAAAAAUUAUUUUCUCUGGCCAUCAGGGUGCGCAGAUGACCCCACAAAAAAUAAAACAGAGCGGACAGAAGUGUUGCUUUAAGUGGUAUUUAUGCUUCUGUGUUAAAUAUACGCUGUUGUUAUGUUGUAACAGCAAACUCUUUAUGAACUUGCGCCUGAUGUGGACCUACCUAGAACUGCUAUUACGUUAAAGCAGCCUGCAUUAAGCCUGCAGCCUGCUCCUUGUGUUAAUGCAGCCUGCUACAACUAUUCUUGGCCUUCUUUUCGACUCUAAUCGGCUCAAGAACGUCCAACUGGUGUUCUGGCAGCAAAACUGCAGAGUAACGCAGGCACCUUGCCACAAGUGCAAAUGCUGGCAAUGACAAACAUGUGAAUUGUACUUCUGCGUCAGAUCCGCAAGGAACAUUGGAGAAAUCCAGAGUUUCCACAAAAGUUUUGCAAGAUCCUGAGAAACACUUUUCCCUGCAUUUAUCAUACUUCCAUUAGUACCCGUGAAGCUGUCCAGAACACUGCAGGUGGUUGCUAAUGAAUGUAACCCAGGCCACCAGGUCAGGGUACGCCUUGCCACGAGUGUUUUCCCUUACAGUAAGAGCUCUCUUCAGAUGUCUCUCUCUUAAAUAAAGCUCUGAUUUAAUGACAUCACAGUUUAGCCCAAACUCAAAAUAAAACUCUAUAAAUCUCUCCCGUGGGCGUGUGUCUUCCGUCGCUAUGGUUCUUUUCAAGAACUCCAUACUGGCCUGGAAGUGCAUGGAUGUAAAUCAAAAACUUCUUCUGGAUUUCGCAAAGCUUUUGUGGGAUGUCGCAAAAGUACAUCUUCAUUUGCACCUGCCCCCCCCCCCCCCCCUCCCCCCAAUGUCCCUUGUGAGGCUCCGUAACAUUGUAAGUUACGCCAUAUUUGGAACCCCGUUUUAACCCUACACGGCAACCCAUGUACGUAACUACACAUCAGGUUGGUGCAUGACGCAAUGACUUGACUGGCAUGGAAGGUAUAUGGAAUAGGGAUAAAAGGAGUUUCCGGUUACUACGGAAGUUAGGACGUCGAUUUCCCGCGGAAGUCUAAAUCAUGCUUUAGUUGUAGGCUCUGCAGAGAUUCAACACAGAAGUAUAAAUCUAUAAUGCUAGCAAACACUUUGCGUAUUUACACACCAGCAGAAACUAAACAACAUGAACAUUCAUUUUUUAAAAUGUAAGUUGGAUGUUUACUCACCUUUUUGUUCUAUUUUAGUCUCUUCUGAGUCCUUCCAUUAAAUAUAUAUAUAUGAGAUGUCAGUUAUAGGCAGGAGACUGUUUCACAGAAACACCAACCAGCUAAUACCAGAGUAUUUAUUCACGCCUUUAUUACUUUACUUUUAGUUUAGUACAUCUAUUUAUAAUCAGGGGUAAAAUCUGAAUAAUUUCAUGGGUUUAUUGCUCUUGUAUAAUACAAAUGUUCAUGUAACUCAGUCUUUAAAGUUAGGGAAGUAUCUUGGUGGUGGUUAAAAUCCUGCAAAAAUGUCCUUUGAUCUGUGAACAGUAAGAGGAUGCUGGACUCCAAGAAUGAGAAAAAUGUAUUGUUAAAGCUGUUUUGCUCAUGAUUACUGUAUAUUGUGUGAGAAAAGUCAUGUUCAGCCCCAUAUCAGCAGUCAUACAUGAUACUCUAAGGUGUAAGUUUUUUCAUGACGUGAUAUACUUUUUCUUCACAUGGGUAUUUUAACUUAAUUUCUCUUGAUUUGUUUGUUGAAACAAACUUUGCAUGGAGACAAAAUCUAUGAUUUUUAUGAUUUAUUUUCAUUAUGUCCUUGGCUAUAAUUCAUAUUUCUCCAACAUCCUGACAGAGUCUUAAACAUUCCAGAUAAAGGGAUUGUUCACCAGGCGGAUGCUUGAUUCAGUGCACUUUUUAAUAAAACAUUAUUUCAGUUCUUUA